AUGUUGGCUGCAGGAGAAGUUAAUAAGGCCUUAGAUGUCAGGUCUGAAAUAUCAGUUGCUGACUUGAAAAAUUCAGAAGAAGAAGAGCUGAAGAAAGAAAACCCUGUUUUAAGGCAAAGCUUCAUUUUAGAUGAUCAUGACAAAGAGGAGCAUAUGUUUAAUUCACAGCCUGGUCGCUGCCACAAGAAGCUUAGGCAGAUACUGCUGUCCUAUGAAUUGUCAGUGGAUUCUAUUAACGAUCCUUUACGAAGACAGAGGUUAAUGAGUGCAGCCACUGUUAUUACAGAUAAUUUGCAAGAACUGCAAGAGUCAAAAAUGAGAUGCCCUUCAUUAUUGAAACGUUUUGCUCGAAAGUAUCUCAUUUGGAAUUGUUGCCCAUUCUGGAGACUAGUAAAAGAGAAGGCGAAAUUAGUGAUUUUGGAUCCAUUUGUUGAUCUCUUAAUCAUGGUUUGCAUUAUUGUGAAUACCUUAUUCAUGGCUCUGGAGCACCCUGACAUGUCAAGCCAUUACCGAGAUAUGAUUUAUAUAAGUGACAAGGUCUUCACCCUGAUUUUUACAGCAGAAAUGAUCCUGAAGAUCAUUGCUCUAGAUCCUUACAACUAUUUUCAGCAAAAAUGGAAUAUUUUUGAUAGCAUAGUUGUUAUGAUUGGCCUCAUAAGCUUUAAAGAGAACCUGUCAUCUUUCAGGCUGCUCAGGAUCUUCAAACUGGCAAAGUCCUGGCCAGCCUUAAAUACUCUAAUGAAAAUAAUUCUAAACUCAGUUGGUGCUCUGGGUAACCUCACUCUGGUUUUAAUUAUCACUGUAUUUAUUUUUGCUGUAGUAGGAAAGCAGGUUUUGGGCAGUUAUUAUGAUACAAAUUACAUUAAAAUAAGCACUGAUAAGGAUUUACGUUGGCAUAUGAAAGAUUUUUGUCAUUCGUUCCUGAUUAUAUUCCGAAUAUUAUGUGGAGAAUGGAUUGAAACCAUGUGGGAAUGUAUGGAAGUGGCUGGAAAAGGGCUCUGUCUUCCCAUUUUCUUACUAGUCCUGGUGAUAGGAAACCUGGUGGUGCUCAACCUAUUCAUUGCCUUGCUGCUGAGUUCCUUCAGUACUGACUCCUCGAUGGGACAAGAGGAAAGUGGACAGAUGACUAAGUGUCAGAUUGCCAUUGCACGGAUUCACGAGGGUCUGCAGAUUGCAAAAGGCAGAAUUUUGGAUCGUUGUGGCAAAAUAAUGAAACGAAGGCUCAAACCAACAGCAAAAAGGACGACUUUGGUGAAAAUUUCUGCCAAAGACAUAGAGGAAAAUAACUAUGCCAUGACAGAUGUCAGAAAGGAGAUAGACAACACUUGCUUUGACAUUGAGUAUUGCAAUACUGAAGAGAGGUCCUCAGUAACAAGGAAAUACGAAGAAUUUGUAACCAGUCGUAGAACGUGUGUUCCAGUUGCAGUAGCAGAGACUUACUCCGAUGAAGGUAAUGAUGAGCACACUGUACGCACAGAAAUAGAAUACAGAAAACAGGGAGACAGAUUAAGACGUAGAGAGCCACGCCGGAGUUCAAGUGGCUUCAGUCAGAUUUCUGGGACUUCUGAAAGUUUAAGUGGUUUUUCAGAAACUCAGCAAAAGAAAGAGCAAAAAGAGAAAUGUGAUGCUGGUAGCUAUUCUGACGCCAGCACUGUGGAUCCAGUUAUUCUUCUGGAGGUAUUUCCCCAGCCUAAAAAGUCACACUUGCCUAAGGACUGUUUUGCAGAAGGUUGUGUGGAAUGUUUCCCAUGUUGUGUAGUGGAUGUCACUAAGUUUCCAGCCAGCACUUGGUGGAAAUUUAGAAAAACCUGCUACAGAAUUGUUAAACAUAGCUGGUUUGAAAAUUUUAUAAUUUUUAUGAUAGUACUGAGCAGUGCAGCACUGGCAUUUGAAGAUAUUCAUCUGCGGGAGAGAAAAAAUGUGAAAAUGCUCCUAGAGUAUGCUGAUAAAGUAUUUACCUACAUCUUUUUUAUGGAGAUGCUUUUGAAAUGGGUAGCUUAUGGUUUGCACAGUUAUUUCACAAAUGCCUGGUGUUGGCUUGACUUCAUCAUUGUAUGUCUGUCAUUUGUUUCCUGGGGACUAAAUACUGUUUCUAAAGACCCCUCACCUUGUUCCUCUGGGAGUGCCCUGAAGUCUCUCAGGACUCUUAGAGCACUGAGGCCUCUACGAGCUUUGUCACGAUUUGAAGGGAUAAAGGUUGUUGUGAACGCACUCUUGGGAGCUAUCCCCUCAAUCCUGAACGUUUUACUUGUCUGUAUCGUCUUCUGGCUCCUAUUUAACAUUGCAGGAGUAAAAUUACUUGGAAAAAAAUUUUCGAAAUGCAUAAUCCAGAAAGAUUAUAUAAGACUAAUCAAUAACAGAAGCGAUUGUUCCUUCUAUGGUGGAACAUGGACAAAUAAUGAUGUAAACUUUGAUAAUGUUGGGAUGGGAUACUUGGCUCUUCUCCAAGUGGCAACUUUUAAAGGUUGGAUGGAUAUUAUGUAUGCAGCAGUGGAUUCACGUGAGAUAGAUGAUCAGCCAACAUUUGAAGCUUUCUUGCCCAUGUAUAUGUAUUUUGUGAUUUUCAUUAUUUUUGGAUCUUUCUUCAUGCUGAACCUUUUCAUUGGUGUGGUAAUCAGCAAUUUUAACCAGCAAAGGAAAAAGAUAAGUGGAAAAGAUCUAUUUUUGACUGAGGAACAGAAAAAGUACUACAAUGCCCUAAAAAAACUUGGAUCCAAGAAACCUCAAAAACCCAUCCCAAGACCAUCGAAUAUGUUCCAAGGAUUUCUGUUCGAUAUGGUGUCACACAAAGCAUUUGACAUUACUGUUGUGACUUUCAUCUGUCUAAAUAUGGUUGUUAUGAUGGCAGAAACCAACGACAAUUAUGUCAAGGAUGUUCUUAAUAAAAUCAACUUCUUUUUCGUGGCAGUAUUUACUGGGGAAUGUGUCAUUAAAAUGCUAGCCCUAAGACAUUAUUUCUUCACCAGUGGCUGGAACAUAUUUGAUUUAGCUGUUGUGGUUCUUUCACUAGUUAGUAUUGGACUUUCUGAAGGCUUUCGAACUUUAUUCUCUCCUACGCUUCUGAGAAUUUUUCGCUUGGCAAGAAUUGGCCGGAUUCUGAGAUUAAUUCGAAGAGCUAGAGGAAUUCGAACUCUUCUUUUUGCAUUACUGAUGUCUCUUCCUGCACUGUUCAACAUUGGUCUUUUGCUUUUUCUGGUUAUGUUCAUUUAUGCCAUUGUGGGCAUGACGAACUUUGCCUGCAUUGGCUGGGAAGGUGGGAUUGAUAACCUUUUCAACUUUCAAACGUUUGACAGUAGCAUGCUCUGUCUCUUCCAAAUUACAACAUCAGCUGGCUGGGAUGGUCUUUUAGUCCCUGUGUUAAAAAACUCUAAUUCAUGUGCUCCCAAUUUAGAUUUAACAAAUGAACAGAAAAACAAUUGCACGAAUAAGGGGAUUGGUAUUUUAUUCUUUGUAAGCUAUGUCAUUAUAUCAUUCCUCAUUGUUGUAAAUAUGUACAUAGCUGUCAUUUUAGAGAACUUCAGUGUUGCCACUGAAGAAAGCACAGAUCCUCUUUGCGAGGAUGACUUUGAUAUGUUUUAUGAGACCUGGGGAAAAUUCGAUCCUCAGGCAACACAGUUUAUUGAAUAUUCUUCACUUUCAGAGUUUGCAGAUGCUCUGGCAGAACCCUUACGCAUUCCAAAGCCUAAUAAAAUUCAGCUCAUAUCCAUGGACCUCCCUAUAGUUAGUGGAGAUAAGAUCCACUGCUUGGAUAUCUUGCUUGCUUUCACUAAAAGGGUCUUGGGAGAAUCUGGAGAUUUGGAUGGUCUUGAAUUACACAUGGAAGAAAAAUUUAUGGCUUCCAAUCCAUCUAAAGUUACUUACAAACCAAUUACCACUACCCUUAAAAGAAAACAAGAGGAGGUAUCGGCUCUUAUUAUUCAAAGGGCCUUCAGGAGAUAUUUGGUGCAGCGUUCUUAUAAAAGUAAACCUUUCCUAUACCGUCAUAAGCACUAUAACAGUGCUAUUUUUGAAGAAGAAACACAUAAGAAGGAAAGUCUAAUUGCAUCAAUGCUUAAUGAAAACAGUGGUAGGAAGCUAGAUAAAUCAUGGACUAUGUCUUCCAUAUCUCUCCCUUUAUUUUAUGAAGGUAUUGCUGAAACAGAUAGUGAUAACAUGGACACAUAA